AUGGUGUUGAAAUCGCGCUGGUCUUUCGACAUUCCCCAGGUAUCACUACCGACGUACCUCUUCGAUUCGCCCACCGCGGACUUACCAAAGACACCUGCACUUAUCUCAGCGAAAGAUCCAGAAAAAUACUAUCUUUCAGUAGACACCUAUCGCCUUUAUGGACAACGUCUCGCGUCAGGACUGCUACGCGCUGGGCUCAAACCCGGCGAGCGGGUACUCCUUUUCUCCGGAAACACACUGUUCUUCCCAACUGUGAUGAUCGGCAUCAUCAUGGCAGGCGGAAUAUACACCGGCGCAAACCCAACUUACGUUGCACGAGAACUAGCAUACCAACUGAAGGACUCGGGCGCAAAGUACCUCCUCUGCGCAGAAGGCAGCAUAGACACCGGCAUCGCCGCAGCCAAAGAAGCAGGCCUGAACGCAGACAGCGUCUUCGUCUUCGACGACGGCGUAGCCACCUUCGAAGGCCGCAAAGUCGAGAUAGACGCACCCCCUCUCGGCGGCACAAUCCGCCACUGGACCGAGCUGCUGGCCACCGAGGAAGAAGGCCGAGCAUACCACUGGCCCAACCUACGCACCCCAGCUGAACUCGACCAAGUCAUCGCGCUGAACUACAGCUCCGGCACAACAGGCCUAGCGAAAGGCGUCAUGAUCACGCACAGAAACUACGUUUCGAACGCCAGCCAGCAGCUGUGGAUGUCCCAGCUCGCACACGACUUCGCAGAGCGGAAAAAGCGCACGCGCCACUUGUGCUUCUUACCUAUGUAUCAUGCUAUGGCGCAAGCCCUCUUCUGCGUCAACGCGAUGAAGCUACGGUAUCCAGUCUACGUCAUGCCGAAGUUCGACUUCCUAGAGAUGCUGCAGAAUAUACAGAAGUACCGGAUUACCAACCUAGUGCUUGUCCCGCCCGUCAUCGUCGCAAUGGCGAAACACCCCGCGGUGAAGAACUUCGACCUCAGCUCUGUGAGGGACGUAGGGUCUGGCGCUGCACCUUUAGGGCGCGAAAUAGCUGAAGAGUUCGAGAAGCUGUGGGACGAUAGGAGGGUGAAUGUUAAGCAGGGGUGGGGCAUGACGGAGCUUACGUGCGCGGCCACCACAACCGACCCUAAUAAGACGAGCGUCAGCGGGUCUGUGGGAGAGCUGCUGCCAAACUGCGAGGCGAAGAUCGUGCUGGAUGAGGAAGGGAAGGUAGAGGCGCCGCGUGGUGAGCGGGGGGAAGUCUGGAUCAAGGCGCCAAGCGUGAUGAAGGGUUACUGGGGGAAGCCUGACGCGACUAUAGAGACGAUUACGCCGGAUGGAUGGCUUAGGACGGGGGAUGUUGCGUAUAUCGACGACGACGGCGAAAUACACAUCGUCGAUCGGAAGAAGGUGCGCAACUUCUUCUCUUGCACUUUCGAUCGAACAUCAGCUGACGCGCCGCAGGAGCUAAUCAAAGUCAAAGGCUUCCAAGUCGCUCCCGCGGAGCUCGAAGCCCUGCUCCUAGACCACCCCGACGUCCAAGACGCUGCCGUCAUCGGCGUAACGCUGUACGCCCACCCUCUCCUAUCUAACUCAUCAGUCCUAACAUGCAUCAGCAACGGCGAAGAACUCCCCCGCGCAUACAUCGUGCCUCAAACAGCCGAGAAAGCCACGCCGCAGGUCGCAGAGGGCAUCAAGACGUGGCUCGCUGAGCGGGUUUCCAGAGCGAAGCGGCUGGACGGAGGCGUAAUUUUUCUGGACGCGAUACCUAAGAAUCCUGUAAGUGAAGUGGUAUGGUGGUGUGAAGUGGCUAAUAGAUGGCAGUCUGGGAAGAUACUGAGGAAGGAGCUGAGGGAGAAGGCGAAGGGUGAUACGACGAGGGCGAAGCUUUAG